GACAGCGAACCAGAUAUUUUCAAAGCGAAUUCUGUGAGUGUUGUUUUUUCAACGUAUCCUCUGUAUAUUUCAUCUGAGUACUAAAGUUAAAGUAUUUUUCUGAAAAUUGAGUAUAUUCAACGAUCGCAAGAUGUCAAUUCUACCGUUGUUGUUCUCUGCAUGGUGGGCGGAUUUGGAACGUCCCCAUCGGCUGAUGGAUCAAAAUUUCGGCAUGGGGCUCUUUCCUGAACAACUACUCUUCCCCAGCACGAUAGAUAGGUUCUAUCCGGGAAGCAAAGCCACUGAUAUUUACUACAGACCAUUGAACGAACUCCUCCGUCGAGGUGAGAGUGGUGCAUCGACCAUAAUGGCUGAUAAGGACACCUUCAAGGUCAUCCUUGAUGUCCAGCAAUUCAAACCGGAAGAGAUUAACGUGAAGCUGGUCGAUCGAUUUAUUGUCGUGGAGGCGAAACACGAAGAGAAGAGGGACGAGCAUGGUUUCAUCUCCAGACAGUUCGUCAGGAAAUACCUGUUACCAGAACAGGUUGAUGAAAACCAACUGGCCUCCAAUAUAUCCUCCGACGGAAUUUUGACAAUCACAGCGCCGUUGAAGAAGACUGAAGGAAAGCCGAACGAGAGGACGAUCAAAAUAGAGUUCACCGGGAAACCUGCCAUUCGAGGAGAGACGACGACGACAACACCACUAACAACAGCAACAGGAGAAACUGUCACGACCGAGAAACCAGCGACAGAAAAUGAAGAAGUGACGGUGGAAAACGCACUUGACGAGAACCCUGAGAAUAAAUAAGAGUUGAUCUCUUUUGUUCCUUCUAUGGUUCCUAUAUUUUUUGUAUUUUGUACAGACUUCUUGUAUAAUCUUAUUCUAUACAGCGUUUUACUGUAAUUAUUGUUCAAAGAACUGAAUAAUGUAUACUCUGUAAAAAUUGUAAAGUCUUGUUAUAAGUACUUUUCUCUGUUUUUUAAUAAAAAAAAGUGCGUUAAAAAUUAA